GCACCAAUAAGAAAGAUAUAUUCAAAACAACGAACAUUGACUGCAAGGAAGCGACAGCACGGACGAUGAGCAUGAGGAUGACUAUGAGCAGAAAAGACCAUUUCUAGUGUCGUGAUUUCUUGAGGAGGUAGUGGCUGCGCUAGAAGAGCGUUGCUGGCUUCUGAUUGAACGAGAACGAGACCAAAGAGCAAGAACAAAAGAUGCGGCGUUCCUUGUCACUGUAAUCGUUCCAAUCACAUAGGGGAGUCCUCAGACGCACUGUGCACUCCUCUAUCAGGUUUUUUCUUUGAAACAUGUCUACCAUGUACAGCUCGUUUCCGCAGAGCUACCCCAGGCCCGAGAUGCAAUUCGCGCCGUCUGGUACCUACACCUUUGCAGUCAGUGUUUGUCGUGGUUGCUUCCUUUGCAAGUUGAAUCUUCUUGUUCUGCGAUGCACAAUAUCUUGAUCGUCUUUUAUGAAACAACUGGCCUCUUAAGAAGAUACACAAUCCACCAUAAAAUUUUGCUUAUACAGGUGGUAGCAGCUGUAACGGCGGACAAAUGCAGCACCAAACUGGAUCGGGCUACACAUCCCAAGCCCCGGGAUACCCGGACCAGUGGCAGCAGCAACAGCAGCAGGGUGGACCGCCGCCGGCCUCUCCACCGGGGUUAAUCCCGUCGAUGAGAGCUGGCGGCACAGCGGUACUAUCGAGCUUCUUUUUUUUGUCUUGUUUCCUGUUGAAAGCGUAGGGAGAAAAUGGUCAAACUGAUCAGUACGACGUCGUUCUAGUUGCCAAGCUGAUCCGCAUACGCAUUCUGUGCAAAUUAGCACUGCAGGCAGUCAUCCUAUACAAUUUCAAUUCAUCUUCAAAAUAUAUUUCUACAGCAAGCGUCGCCGCAAUGGGGCCCCCGCGUGCAAAGCCCCGGCGAGGUGUCCACCGCCUAUGAGAGCAGUCACUAUCUGUCUUCCCCAGAUUCGGCUUAUGGCUUGUCCUCGGCUGAAACAGGUACCACGUUAGGUUUUUCAUAUAUUUUUCACUUGAGUGCUACGAUUCGAUCGACUUGCGUUGGCGGUCUGAUGCUGAUUCAAUUUUUUAAGAAAGUAUCUAUUGGCAUACGGAUACGUCAAACAAGCCACGAGCGCUUUAUUUCAUAUACAGGCCAGCCGGUUGGGUUUUACAAUCACCAGCAGAUGCACCAGGGCCAGCACCAGGGCGAAUUGAGUGCGGUUGACUACAACUCUGCGGCCCGCGGGCACCACCAGGACCAAAUGCACCAGCAGCACGGCAAUCAGAUGCAUUCCCAGUACAACCAGCAACACCCUAAUAUGGCCGCCGAUCAGCAUGCGCAGCAACAGCAGCACCAACAGCUUGGCGGACGGCAGCAAGGACCCAACGGGCAACACCAAGGGCAGCAGCACCAAUCGGGGCAACAACAAGAUUCUCACCACCAGCAACAGCACCACAUGCCGGGGGCGCAGCAGGGGCAGCCGCACCAACAGGGUGGAAACUACUUUCAGCAUCAGCAGCAACAGCAGCAACAGCAGCACCACGCUGCGGGAGAGCAGCAACACCAAAUGGAUCAACACCAGCAGCACGCUGCGAACCAGCACCAAAUGGCGACGGCGAACCAGCACGAUCCCGUCUUGUCCGAAUACAAAAACUACCACAACCAGCAGCAACAAAAUCAGGCUGGGGCGUACAACAACCAUGGAGGACAGCAGCAGAUGCAACACCACAUGGGAGGCGCUGCUGGUGCAGGAGGACAGCAACAAUUGCACUCUGGUGGUCAGCACCAGCAAGGGCAACAACACCACUACAACAACCAACAGCACCAGAUGAGCGGUGGAAAUAACAAUCACGCGAACAAUUACCACAGUGGCUAUAACAACCACAGUGGCGCCACCGGCACCAUGGACCAUCAACAGCACACGGCGGGUCACCAACAGCAACAACAAAACAACAAUGCUCACUACGGUGCCCAGCAGCAGCACCAGCAACAGGGUAACAAUGCGUAUGGUGGUAUGCACCAGCAACAGCAGCACCAUAUGGGGGAAAACCAACACGGUGCAGCUUCCGUACAGCAACACAAUAAGUACAACAAUAACAAUGGGAUGGAGCAAUACAACCAAGGCAGUGCCGGCCAGCAGCACAAUCAACAAAACGCAGCCCAGCAGCACUACCAACAAGGCGCCACAAGCCAACAGUAUCAGCAAAACAAGUACAACAGCUACCACGGUGCGAGCCAGCAGCAACAGCAACAGUACAACAACUACAAGCAACAUCAUAGCCAGAACCAGAGCUACGGAGCAAGUGCGGCUGGCUACGAAAGCGCCGACAGUUACAACUGCGCAUCCCAGCACCCCGACAACAAGAAUAGCAACUACAGCAGUGGGUACCGAGGCCCGAUUGUGCAGCAACCACGACGGGGGAAGAUUGUCACUGCGGCUUCCAAUGGACAGUUGUACAAAACGAAGCUCUGCUACUACCAUGUCCACGGCACCUGCUCGUGGGGAGAAUCCUGCCACCACGCGCACUCACUGGAAGAAUUGAAGCAGAAACCGGAUCUGGUAUGCAAUAGAUAUGAUUUGUCCAGUUGUUUUUUUCGAGGAAGGAACGCAUAUGAACAAGAAAUUGUCACUUUCCAGUACUGUUUCAUCACUCGACGCCCCGAAAAAUACUCCUUUCAUUUGUUUCAACACAGAGCAAGACCUCUAUUUGUCCGAAGCUUGGAGACUGCAAGAGGAAAAACUGUCCUUACGCCCACAGUCGUGACGAAUUACGAUCUACCGACUGCUUCGCAAAGACAAAAGUCUGCUUCGGUAUAUGCACUUAAUUUGUUCACUUUUUUUUCAACGGCGAUGUGGUAGUUGCGGUACUUGGUUCUGGAAAAUACAGCGGUAUGAAAAAGGAAUGUGCUGAAUAUCUUCGUUGACAUCACUUGCAUGCUAUCAGAACGGAAAUAUACCACCCAGGCUCCUGCGAAAACUGCCGCUUCGGAGGAAAUUGCCGCUACGCACACUCCGUUUCAGAACUGCGCAAAGUCUUUGACCUGCCAAUGAAAGUUAUGGCGAGUAUAGUCUGUUUUUGGUGUUUUUGAUAGUAUUCGCAACAUUAUGACUGGAAGACAGAUUCGAUUUCAAAGCCGAUAAGUAUUGUGUUUGUGCAGAAUGAAGUGCAUGAUCAAGAUACUAGCCCGUUGCUAUCAUACACGAUAUUUGAAUCCUGCCUUGCUGACAGAUAUCAAGGGAAAGAAGAAAGCACCACCGCUCCAGAGUUUGAAGGGCGGCGAUGCAAAAAGGGGCAUCAAAUUGGUCCACUCCAAGGCGAAAGGGGAUUUCGGUACUUGCUCACUAGAGAAUACUGCUGCAGAAGCUUGUUGCGAAAUUGUUGAUAACAUCACGAUUCGUGAUUAUGUGGCGGGUUUGCAUGUGUUUGUAUGUGUAUUUGUGUUUUGUUAUUUUUUUCCUUUUGCCGUGCGAUACAGAUUGCGAUUCCAAAACGACCACAGAUGCGAGUUCCUAUGGCGAGGGCUACAUCGACUUGUUCCAGGGGGAUUGUGUUGCGAUCGUGAAAGACGACGAAGAUGGUUGGAUGUACGGCAAAAACUUCACCCAGGACACUAUCGGCUGGUUCCCAACCUCUUACGUGCUCGAUGAAGAUGAGUACUGCGCCCCCGUCAGCGGAGUUCUGUUACAGUAG